AUGGAAGCGCUGGGGACCCAUGGACGAGCCACCACGGACCGCUUGGGCGGAAGCUUCUUGCGCUCCGUAGGUUCGUCCUUGAGCAAGUCUGCACACAUCAGUCAAUCACAGUCAACGCUCACAGAUCCAGCGACGCGAAGGAGCACCGCAGAGGACCGGGGCUCGAUGAUCGGAAGCAGCGUUCGUCCCGACGCUACAUCGGCAUCUGGUGAAGCUCUUCUUCCUGACGGCGACACCAGCAGACCUCCGCCGAUCCGACUUCUC